AUGGGGCGCUCUGCUAUUGCGAGUGCGCCGGACGCCUCGAAACAGGAGAAUAAUAUCAGCGUUGAAGCACCAGAGGCAGCCGCUCGUACGGUCGCUGAUGAUAAUGGGGUUUUGGAGGGAGAGGAAGGUGACCUGAUUGACUACAAGACAUUGACCUGGUGGCAAGGUGGCAUCGUCUUGAUCGCCGAAACCGUCUCCCUUGGUAUCCUGUCUCUGCCGUCCGUCCUCGCUACGGUGGGGCUCGUGCCUGGAAUCGUCUUGAUUCUGAUCUUGGGCUUCCUGUCGACGUACUCUGGUCUCGUUUUGGCUGAAUUCCGACAAGCAUACCCAUUCGUGCAGAACUUUGGUGACGCUGUUCAAGUCAUCGGAGAGCCCAUUGGCAUGGGACGUGUGUUCCAAGAAGUCUUCGGCUGGGCGCAAGUCACCUUCCAGAUUUUCGUCAUGGGAAGCCACUUGUUGACAUUCACAAUCUGCAUGAACACUCUGACCAGCAGCUCGACAUGUACUCUUGUUUGGGCGAUUGUGGGACUGGGUGUUUUCUGGGCUCUGAACCUCCCAAGAACGUUGAAGUAUACCAGCUACAUGUCAAUGGCUUCGUGCAUGUCUAUUACGCUGGCGGUGUUGAUAACUCUGGGAGACGUCGCCGUUGAGCGCCCCAUCGGUUCUGGAAGUUUCCAAAUUGCACGAGAGCUCGGAUUUACCGGUGCCUUCAUGGCAGUCACCAACAUUGCUAUCUCGUUCUCCAUUCUUGCUUCUUCAGCGUCAUCUCCGAGUUCAAGAAGCCCGAGGAUUGGCCCAAGGUUGGCGCUUCUCCAGAUUUGCGACACAGCGCUGUAUCUUCUAGCCGCCAUCGUCAUCUAUGUCUUCGUUGGUCCAGACGUUCCAUCGCCUGCCCUGUCCGCAGCCGGUUCCGCCACGAUGCGCAAGGCAAUUUGGGGCAUUGCUAUUCCGACAAUCGUGAUCGCUGGUGUCAUUUACGGACACGUCGCCGCCAAAUACAUCUUCUCUCGCAUGUUCCGAGACACCAAGCACAUGAUCAGGAGAACCAAGCUAUCUGGCAUUGCGUGGAUUGCUGUCACUUUUGGCAUCUGGGCUAUCUCGCUCGUCAUUGCCGAAUCGAUCCCGGUCUUCAACAAUCUCUUGGGCCUCAUUUGUGCCCUGUUUGCCAGUUGGUUCUCGUAUGGCUUGCCUGGAAUCUUUUGGUUGUGGAUGCAUCAUGGAAACUGGUUCAAAGACUGGAAGCAGACAUGUCGAUUCCUCGCCAAUGUGGCGCUUUUCAUCACCGGCUUCCUUAUCUGUGUGCUUGGCCUAUGGGCUUCGAUCGAGGCUAUUGCCACGAAUGGCACUACAAAACCUUGGACAUGCGAGAGCAAUGCUGCCGAAUAA